AUGGCCUCCAGCUUUAAGAAGCCCUCGCUAGGAGCCGCAUCCCAGAGGAGCUGGGAGUGGGAGCUGGAGCUCACUGAGGAGCAGAAGCAGGAGAUCCAGGAGGCUUUCGAGCUGUUUGACACAGACAGCACCAGGAACAUAGAUAUUAAGGAGUUAAAGGUGGCCAUGAGAACACUAGCAGUUGAACCUAAAAAAGAAGAGAUCAAGAAAAUUAUGUCAGAUAUUGAUAAGGAAGGAACAGGAAAAAUCAGCUUCAAUGACUUCUUGGUAGUGAUGACACAGAAAAUGGCUGAAAAAGAUUCCAAAGAGGAGAUUCUCAAAGCUUUCAAACUCUUUGAUGAUGAUGAAACUGGCAAAAUAUCUUUCAAAAACCUUAAACGUGUCACCAAAGAACUGGGGGAAAACCUCACACAUGAAGAGCUGCAGGAAAUGAUCGAAGAAGCAGAUAGGUAUGGGGAUGGGGAAGUGAACGAGCAAGAAUUCUUGUGGAUCAUGAAGAAGACCAGCCUUUACUGA